ACCAGAGUUCUAUUUCUCCGAAAUGAUUAAAGUAAUGGAGCCUAAGAAGCAGAUAUACACACAAAAAGAGAAGAAAGUAUUUCUAGAAAUAUUGAAGAGUUAUUCUAAAGUUGUUGAAAGUAAACACGGCCACAGUUCGGCUCUGAAAGCUAAGAACUUAGCUUGGCAAAAAAUAGCUGCCGAGUUCAACUCGAACCCACAUACUGAAUUGCAUAGAACACCACAACAACUUCGAAGAUUAUGGCUGAACAUAAAACAUCGCCAGCGAGGAGAACUCGCCAAAAAACAGCAUCACAUACCCAUUGGAGCCGUGGGUGAACUAUCCAAAAACAACGUGUUGCAGAUAGCACAUGCACUUAUAACUGGUAUUGAUAGUUCUGCAGACUCCGAUCUUGUUAUAGAAAAAUUAACAGACAAUGACCCUCUUCAAUCAGUUCAAUCAGAAUCAAGUCUGUUUUUGAGUGAGGACUCUCAAAAUACUUCCGAACAAGAAGCUUCAGCAUUGAGGACUGUGAAAAUGGAACCCAUGUCACCAAUCAGUGGCACAUACAAUGCGGACGCUAUUUCAACGCCUGUAGUUAGUCAAAAUCCACCAGAUGCACCCAAUAAUGUAGAGAAUGAUAAUUGUCUCAAUCAAGACAAAAAUGCUCUGCAGCAAAGUAUGGAACUUCAGCAGUUGGAGAUUGAGCUCCUAAGAGAGAAAGUAAAGGCUCAAAGGCAAGAUAAUAAGAACAAGGAAGCCCAUAAUGCAGUGAUACAUGAUUUGGAAAUUCAGAUUUUAAAAGAAAAACUAAGAGAGGCUAAGGCGAAAGCUGACUUGGCAGAGUUGAACUUGAAGAGACAAAAAUAUCGAGACGGUAAUUUAAUUUUCCUUUAUUUAUUUUCUACAAUUUAUUUUUUUAUAUCCAAUAUUUCAUUAUAUUAUUAAUAUUUUCCAGAUUGAAACUGGAAAUUACAGUGAG